AUGUCUGUGCGUGAUAGUCAACUCUCCGGUGUCAUUCAGAAGGCGGGCGAGUUCUUUGACUUGCCUGUUGUUCUCAAACACUUCUUGAUCUCUGUGGAGCUCGUCCAAAGAGGAAUUUUGAAACGGGUGAAGACGAUUCAGAAGUCGUACUCGUUGGCCGUGAAACAUAGGAUGGAUUCGUCUACUAGCUAUGGAGACAGGGAUGUUGAAGAAGCUUCGAGCAUUCACAAUGCGACCAGUGAAGAACUCAAGAAGCUGGCGAUGGAUUUCAUAAUGGGAAAUGCCACCACACACGCUGAACUUCCGUUCCUUCAUAUCGUGGCCGACCCCAUCGCGCACUGGCGCAAGCACAAGAAAGUUCUGGUGGAGGAAUUUCAAGUAGCCUGUUCGAAGACGAAUGAAGGAGAAGCUUCUCCUGACCUAAGUCCGGCAUUCUUGCGAGCAAACAGCAGUCAAGAGGAGGGAACCAACACGUUCCUUUCCUCCCUGCACAAGGCAUUCAACGACCUUAUGAAGUUGGCAACGAGGAAGGUCAACGAAGUGAAGGACGAGAUGAGCCAUCUAGAGGAUGAGAUGAUUCGCUACGAGCAGAGUGCAUGGAAGAGCUUGUUCUUGUUCAAUCAGCGAUCCAAGUUCAAGCGCAAGCUUGAAGAUCUGUCCAAGAGGCUGGCAGCUGCAGAGCUUGUGGUUGAAGCCGGCUUUAGGCAACUUUGGAAGCUCAUCUCUCGUCUCAACCAGCUUGACCGCGAGCGUGCCGAGGGAUCGAGCUUCUUGGCGAGGUGCAAAGUCAUCCACUCGUCCAGCCCCGAAAUGUUGAGGUGCGGGCAGGAGUCGGACCAGAUCAACGCCAGGAUUCGGAAGCACUACUACCUUCUUGACCGCAGACGCGUAGGUUGCAUCUCCGUCCAUUUUUGA